CGCGCGCCCCUCACCGACCUGACGUCACAGGUUUAGAAUGUCGACACGGGCCCCGGAUACACGGGAAAGUCUCUCACUGGGAUGAAGUCGACGCUAAAACAGAUAAACUCUUAAGCUUUACUCACGCAACACGUCGAAUGCAUGGCGAAGUAACGUAGGCCAUUUUCCUGUUGUUUCUCUCUAAGUCGGGAUGUUUGAGGGAAGUGUUAGAUGAGAGUCGAGUCAGUCCGUCUGUAGACGUGGUGGGAUAGAGCCAGCGUUUUGAACAGGAGGUUAAACAAGAGGUUAGAUAGCGCACCCUCCCACUAAUGACUCGGAAACGCUACCGGUGAAUGCAACAUGUUGUUUUCGAGCGUGUUUACAGUGGAAGCCUGUUAUGUCCGGUCCUACCUGGCUGCCUCUGAGAACUCUGAGUAGCCCUGAGAGACCCGCAGCACAGAUGUCACACUCUGGACCUGCUUUCUACAGACCACCCAAAAAAGGUCCACCUGACCAGAGAGCCAAAUAUGGUGUGUAUGACCAAAAUGGAGCAGCAGGUGGAAAUGGUGUACCCUCAAGGUACAUAGCCACUGGACCCUCAGGUGGAAGCAUGCAUCACCAGCACCAAGAUGGUUAUUCAGGGUCUUCAUCCUAUCACCCCCUUUCUCCACAAGGAGAACACUAUUAUCUCCCAGGACACGGACCCAAAGACGAUCAUCUCUUCUGGAACACACACAUGACUAGCUAUGAUCACCAUACACGAGGGUCUGAUAAACACCUCUCUAGUAUUGAUGCCGAGAUAGAUUCUCUCACAUGCAUGCUGGCUGACAUGGACAGCCAUCAUCAAAACACAAGCACACAGUCCACACAGCUGUACGACAACGUGCCUUACAACAAGCAUCUUCACAGUGAGCGCUACAAACCGUCCAACCAGACAGGUGCUCCGUCCCAGACCAGACCCACCAUGGGUUACCCUCCUCAUCCUCAAAGCCAGUAUCAUCCUUCUCCACCUUAUCAGUCCACCCCAAAGCCUGAAUAUGCCUAUCCGUCCCAAUCGUCCUCCACACACAAACCUUACCCCCAACCAGUGCCAGCCUCCUACACCACUGCCUCCACCCCGAGUGGGCCACGCUUCACCGUGCAGGUCAAAACCGCUCAGCCUGUCACUUAUUCUCAGAGUGGGAGACAAGCAGAGCAGGCCUACACCCCGCCCCCUCCUCGCCAGCAUGCUACUUGCCCUCCCCCACAUUACUCAGAAGUCCCAGGGCAGGGACAAGGCUGGUACCCACCACCACCACCUCCAGCCCAGCAGGCCCAUGGUGAUCCAGCAGCAUAUAAGGCAGGCUCUGGUGGUAUUCAGGUGCCAAGUAGGGUACAGGGUCAACCAGGAAAGAAAGGACAAGAGCAGAGCUACCAGACUAGUAAGGGGCCAGUGCCAAGACCAGAGGAGGAGUUGGAUCGCCUCACUAAGAAGCUGGUGUAUGACAUGAAUCAUCCUCCCACAGAGGAAUACUUCGGCCGGUGUGCCAGGUGUGGCGACAACGUGCUCGGUGAUGGGAGCGGCUGUAUCGCUAUGGAGCAGGUGUUCCAUGUGGAGUGUUUCACGUGUAUCACCUGCCAUGCCCAACUCAGAGGCAAGCCUUUCUAUGCACUGGACAAAAAGAGCUACUGUGAGAGCUGUUACAUUAGUACAUUGGAGCGCUGCUCAAAGUGUUCGAAACCAAUCCUGGACCGGAUCCUGCGGGCAAUGGGGAAGGCAUAUCACCCACGCUGCUUCACCUGUGUAGUGUGUGGCUGCUGUCUUGAUGGUGUUCCCUUCACCGUGGAUGCCACUUCACAGAUUCACUGCAUUGAGGAUUUCCACAGGAAGUUUGCCCCAAGAUGCUCUGUGUGUGGGGAGCCCAUAAUGCCUGAGCCUGGUCAGGAGGAGACAGUGAGAAUUGUGGCUCUGGAUCGCAGUUUCCAUGUCAACUGCUACAUUUGUGAGGAGUGUGGUUUGCUCCUCUCGUCUGAAGGAGAGGGCCGAGGCUGCUACCCUCUGGAUGGUCACAUUUUGUGCAAGAGCUGCAGUGCCCGACGAAUCCAGGAUCUCUCUGCCAAAAUCUCCACUGACUGCUAACAACAAUCUUCUGUUCUCUUUGACUGCUUUUUGCUUUUUGUUUUUUAUUUUGUUUUUUUUUGCUGGAUUUUCAAAGAAGUGCUCACAGUAGGGCUUAACUAUCCUUCCCCCCCCCUUUAUAUUAGCAGAGAACUAGGCAAUGAAAUAAGUUCCCAUACAUUAUAGCUGAAUUCUACAUACUCAGGGUUUAUAGAGCCGUGAAAUAUGAAUGAAGUGUUUCGCAUAGGCCACUUUAAGAGGGCAAGUAAUAUUCUUAACAUUAACCAACAAGAUGGUUACUUUACAGGGGUGAUGAUUAUUCAUUGUGAAUAGCAUGUGUGUGCAUGCAUACACAUGUGGUUGUUCAUACAAAUUGCUGAUUUCUCUUAACAGUCACCUGUUAAGGGCAUGAUCAGGGUUUUUUCUACUUUAAAGCUAAGACUUCCUGUCACUGAGAAUCUGUACUGUCGCCAACUGAGUUGUAUUUGAUUGCAUUAAAUAAUCGAAAUUAAAAUAACCCAACAGAAAUCAUGAUGGUAGUUAAUUGAAUUUCACAAAAAUGGCUUUAUUAUUAACAUGUCCUCUAGUUAAGAUCUGUAUUUGUUGAUCACUUAUUCUACAGACAACAACGAGCACAUGAAACUUAAUUUAGCCUCUGUGCUAUAACACUCUAAGACUAACUUCACACCUUCUCUGCUGGUCUCUGCAGGAAAUGUUAGACAUAUCAAUGAAUUAGAGGGUUUCCCAAAAGCCAUACAUAGGGGAAAUUAACACUUUUAACAAAAUGUAACUUUAUUUAUAAAACAUGAUCUACAUUCCAUUUCUUUGUAAACACACACAGAGUCAACUUUCCCACUCAUGGUGUGCUUGUGUUAACACAUCUGGUGUUAUGCUUGUAAUUGCAUGUCCAUCACAACCUUGUGACAGUGUCCUGAUCCAGAAUUUCAAGUUUUUUUGUGUGUGUAAAAUAUAAUAUAAACUAAGAACAAUCUUGGAAGAUAUCUUGCUAAAAAAAGUGUUUAUUUCCCCUAUGUAUGGAACUUUUGGGAGACCAUGAACUGAUCACUGUUAUUGAAGGAUAUCACCGUUCUGUUUAAUACCCGAGACUAAAUACCAGCUCUUUGUGUUCAUUCUAUGUCUGUGCCACAAUUGGCUCUUUGUCAAGAUACAUUUUGCUGAUCUGGGACUAGUUUUUUGGCCCUAAAACCUUACAUUAAACACCUCAGAUUAACAUGAUGGCACAGUGUUUAAAACUGUUAUGAGAUUUUUUUUUAGUAAGAUUUACAUGUUUAGCUUUAUGAGAGGAUGAUCCUACUGUAUUAAGCAGAUUGAUGUGAAUAUGAAAUAGUACCUUAGUGGUAAAGUUGCUGCAAAGAGGUUUAGAGAUGUAGUGAAAAGGAUUUUUAGGUGAAGUGUGUAGUGAGCUAAAUUCAAAGAUAUAAAAGGAAGCAAAAAUGAGAUUGAGGGUCUACAGUUCAGUGUCUCCUUAAAAUAAGGUUGCCACUUGCAGCCCUCAGGAUAGACAUGGUUUUAAAUUGCAUUCUGAAGAAAUCCUAAUGGGUGCAGUCUUUCUUAAAAGGACCUAAAACAAAAAAGAGCACUUUGCUUAUUGAAUAGUUAAUAUAGGAAUAACUACAUCCAGAUAAAUGAGCUUUAGGCCUUUUGGUUUGUCCGUCUUGGUUGCUGAGGCUAUUUUACUGAACACAUAUAUUGCAGGUUGUUGGAAUGCCAGGCCCUUUUUUUUUGUUAUUGAAGAGCUUUUAGCUUUUGUGCUCUUUUUGCCAACAGUUUUUAGUAUAAAAAAUGCCCUCAUUAUUGGUUGAGCUUUUCAUUUGGGCUUUCUGCUGGUUAAAAUAAAUUAAUUGAUUUUGAUUGGA